AUGGGUUACGAUUAUGCACUCGUGCAUGUCACCUACACCAUACCGCCGGCGAUCCUCCUCUCCCUCCUCUACUACCCCCUCAGCACCCGCCUCGACCUGUACAAAAUCCUCUUCCUCAUCACCAUCGCCGUCACGUCCACCAUUCCCUGGGACAGCUAUCUAAUACGGAACAACAUCUGGAGUUACCCGCCGAAUGUCGUUCUCGGAUACACCAUUCACUCAAUACCCGUCGAGGAGGUCUUCUUCUUUGUUAUCCAGACUUUCAACACCACCCUGCUAUACCUGCUCCUGAGCAAGCCCGUGUUGAAAGAGACAUAUCUGGUAUUCGAGAGCAAGAACAAGAGAGGGAGCGCAUGGAGGAUUGCCAAGGUCACCGGCCAGAUUGUGUUGGCCUUGGGAGUGAAGAGCAGUGUGGACUUCAUCCGCGCGAACGAUGAGAGGACAUAUCUCGGCUUGAUACUGGUUUGGGCCCUGCCGUUCUUGCUUUUGUUGUGGAGUCUGGCAUACCAACUCAUCCUCGGAUUGCCCUUGACAUGCACGAUUGUGCCCAUCGCACUACCGACGCUAUACCUUUGGAUCGUGGAUACCCUCGCGCUGAAGAGAGGAACAUGGGUGAUCGAAGCAGGGACAAAGACGGGGUUUGAAUUAUGGUCGGGUUUAGAGAUUGAGGAGGCCAUCUUCUUCCUCCUCACCAACACACUCAUUGUGUUCGGGCUGAUCGCAUUCGACAACGCUAUUGCGAUCUUGAAUUGCUUCCCGGCGCAUUUCCCUCAAGUGCCAAGUUGGCCGUCGCCUGUCCUUCUGGUCCGAGCACUUCUCCUCCCUGCGCAAACGUACGACGACGAUCGGAUAUUGGGACUCCAACAAGCGGUUGCGCGACUGAAGGCCAAGUCCCGCUCGUUCUACCUCGCCAGCAGCACGUUCCAAGGUCGUCUCCGCAUUGACCUGAUCAUCCUCUACUCCUUCUGCAGGGUCGCCGACGAUCUCAUCGACAAUGCACAAUCAACGCAGGAAGCACGGGACUGGCUGAAGAAGCUGAAGAUAUACCUCGACUUGUGUUACGGUGCAGCUACGAAGAACGCCCAGGGGCAGGUCAUCGAAGCUCGGGAUGUCAACCGCGGGCCGGCGACACUCUUCACCAUGCAGAACUUUCCCGACGAUGCGAAGUUGACACUCCUCUUACUGCCAACGAAGCUGCUCAACAAGCAGCCACUGUACGACCUCCUCAAGGGCUUCGAGAUGGAUCUGACCUUUUCCGACAAGAAGAGCGAUGGACCGAUCAAGUCGGAGGCCGACCUCGAUCUGUAUGGCGCGAGGGUGGCAGGGACGGUCGCAGAGCUUUGCAAUCAGCUCGUGCUUCAUCACAAUGGCGGAAAGACGACGGAGGCACAGGCGAACCGACUCAUGAAAUCUGGACACAACAUGGGCAUUGCCUUACAAUACACCAACAUUGCUCGCGAUCUCGGUGUUGAUGCCAAACUCGGCCGAUGCUACGUCCCUCCCGCAUGGCUAAAGAAGGAGAAGCUCACCACAGAAUCCUUCAUCGACGGGCUGAAAGUAGCCGCGAUACGGAACCAGCUCCUCGACCGCGCCUUUGCUUUUUAUGAAGACAGUGUGAGUGCGAUUGAGGACUUACCCAGAGAAGCCAGAGCGCCGAUGCGAGUGGCUGUUGAGAGUUACAUGCAGAUAGGAAGAGAAUUGAGGAUACCAGGAUACCAAGUCAAAGCAGGACGAGCGACGGUGCCGAAAUGGAAGAGGAUAUGGGUAGCGUGGAACGCGCUGAGAGGACCGAGAGCGAAGAGCAUUUGA